AUGAGUUUCAAGUCUCUUCAAGUGUAUUUUAAUGGUCAAUCAAGGUGUGAAAAUGAAUUGGGAAAAUUAUUAAAUGCUUCUUAUGAAAGUGAGAAGUGGGCACAAGACGUGCUUAGUUUUUGGGGUGAUCCUUCCAAAGCUUUGUUGAAUUCAAGUUGGUUUGACUUCGGACAAUUUAACGACUGCAUCGGAUAUCAGCAUGAAUCUUUCAGAGGAAAGUAUUGCAUUGCGAGGUUUUUGCCAGCGAAAGUUAAAAGCAAUAAAGUGAACCUCGAAGAUUCUCAUCCAAUUUGGACAUCGCUAGCGAAAAUAACAAAAGAUUUCAAAUCUGGUUUAUGUGUUCCUAGCGUUUGUAAAGAAGAUGAGUUACAUAAAAUUGGAAAGGAUUUGAUUAAUCAACACGAUGUUCAGCUGGGUAACGUGCAAUGUUAUGCGCCUUAUACUUUCACAAAAAUUGAUUACGUGUUUAUAGAACUUAAAACGUUGAACAAGGAUCCUGCAAUCAUUCGAUGCAUCGAUGGAAUAAAAGUUUUGACAGCUGUUUGGAUCAUUAUUGGUCAUAGAAAUGAUAUGAUAACUCAACUUUUUGGUGAUAAAGCAAUAAUGCCAAAUAGGAAUCUAUGGGAAUCAACAAUAAAUAAUUUUAUAACCAGAUACUUUCGAGCUGUGGACACGUUUCUAGCAUGUUCGGCUAUUCUUACUGUUCAAACAUUUUUAAAACUGCUCGAUAGAGGAAAUUUCAAUCUGUUGAAAACUAUUUUCAUUCGAUAUCUCAGGUUUCUCCCUUUGCUAUCAUUUCUGAUGAUGUUCUCAAUAAGCAAUUUACCUCAUAUCUUAACAAGUGGACCAAUGUUCUUCUUGAAUAGAACAAGAAGUACGGGGUGCUCGAGAACUUGGUGGUCAUCUCUGCUUUUUAUACAAAAUUUUGUACAUGCUGAGUAUAGUUGCAUGAAUUACGCGUGGUAUCUUGCUGUUGAUCUACAACUUUUUGCUUCAGCCACAGUGUUUGCUUACCUCCUUUGGGCAUUUGGAAAAAGAUCUCUAAUCAUUAUAAUUUUAGUGAUCUUUUCAGUUCAAUAUAGCAUUUUCUCUAUGAUAGAAAACAAUACUUUGAUUAGUGUUUUUCGUUAUAAACAACCUCAGUAUCGACUUGGAGAGUAUUUGGUUGGAAUUGCAUUUGGAUACUUGAUUUACACAAGCAACGGAAAGAAAUUGAGGCUUGGAAAAUUCAUCACUUUGUCAUGUUGGAUAUUAUCAUUGGGAUUUAUUGGAAUACACACUUUCACAAGGAUUUGGUGGACUUCUAACAGUACAAUAAAUCAUAUACUUCAAGCAACCAAUGUUGAAGCAUGGACAUGUUCCAUAUCUUGGAUCGUUUUUGCUUGCCAUGUGCUGAAAUCUGGAAGCAUUAUAAGAAAAAUUUUCUCGAGUAUGUUCUGGCAACCUUUAUCAAAAUUAUGCUUGAGCAUUUAUUUAAUUCAUUUCAAAUAUCUAGAAUUAACAGAUUUCAAUCAAAAAAUUGUUUAUAAAUUAUCAGUUUUGUCCUCAAGUUCCUAA